GGUGAGCUGGAGGCUCUGGAGAGCUCGUUGGAGUUGGAGCAGGACAACCUGAGAGAGCAGAAGCAGCAGCAGGAACGGAUGGCGAACACGGUCACCGGGCAGAUGUACCUGGAAAGCCAGGAGAUGCUGCGACUGUUCGGCGUGCCGUUCUUGGUGGCUCCCAUGGAGGCCGAGGCUCAGUGCGCGGAGCUGGACCGGGCCGACCAGACGCACGGGACCAUCACAGACGACUCCGAUGUGUGGCUGUUCGGAGGGAGACAUGUUUACAAGAACUUCUUCAGCCAGAACAAAUACGUGGAGCACUACCAGUACAGCGACCUGCAGAACCAGCUGGGUCUGGACAGAACCAAAAUGAUAAAUCUGGCCUACCUGCUCGGGAGCGACUACACGGAGGGCGUGCCUGGAGUUGGGUACGUGACGGGCAUGGAGAUCCUGAACGAGUUUCCAGGUCCAGCUUUGGAGCCACUGGUCCAGUUCAGUAAGUGGUGGUCGGAGGCUCAGGAGAACAAGCGGCUGGUGGCUGACCCCCGAGACACAAAGGUCAAGAAGAAGCUGAGGGAUCUGAAGGUCCAGUCCGGCUUCCCAAACCCCGCUGUCGCUCAGGCUUACCUGGAGCCUGUUGUGGAUCAGUCGGACAGCUCGUUCAGCUGGGGGCGCCCACAACUCGACAUGAUUAAAGAGUUCUGCCUGAGUCGCUUUGGCUGGAGCAGCCGAAAGACGGAGGAGACCCUUCAGCCUGUGAUCAAACAACUGAACACCCAGCAGACCCAGUUACGAAUAGACUCAUUCUUCCGCAUGGAGCAGCAGGAAAAGCAGACGAUCCAGAGCCAGAGACUCCGCCGAGCCGUCACCUGCUUAAAGAGAAAGGAGAGAAGAGGAGGAGAGGACGAAGGCAGCGAGGAGGAAAUCCAAUCCCCGCCCAAGUUCAAGAAAAGGACCGCGACGAGCACAGAGGGGCAGAAGGAAGACGACAGGUCGGCGGCAGGUGGAGGGUUCCUCGGUUCUGAGCUCGUCGAUGAAUCUCCUCUUCUGCCUCUGAAGGACGUCUGCGGUUCUGGUCCUGAGUCCGUUUCUGCAAAGACCAAGACUCCACCUGAGAAGAUCAGGAGGGACUGCAGCAGCAGUAGCUCCAGUGAAGAUGAUGAUGAUGAAAAGAAGGUUGCCAUGGUUACGGCCCGACCCGUUUUCGAAGGCGGCAAACGAGGUCGAGGAGGAAAACGAACAAGAGGAAAAAGAAACAUGAGAGGAAAGAAAAAUUAAGGACCUGAAAGAUGCUGUGAAUUAUAUGAUUACGCAUGA